GAUGCAUACUUACAAGUCGCGGCGGAGGAGUCAAGAGAAAAGCGGUGCCGAGCGUUUUUGAUGAUGUGGAGUCUGGAGAGUCGAAACUGCCUUGACGACUGAUAGUCCACAUUUUUUCCCCCUCUCAGUACUUAAUAUCGGGAUUUUGCGUAAUAGUUACUCGUUGGUUUUAAAAAGAUAACAUUUUCAAGAGGAAGAUGAGGCAAAUUAUCCUGCAAGUGUUGCUCGCCAGCCUCACCAUCGCCACAGCUAUUCCCAAGUCGGAUGAGUUGCCAAAUGAACGAGUUAUUGAUAAGGAAUUAAGUGAUCAAGAACAUUUCAUCAAUUCUCAUCAUAAUCCAGCUUAUGAUCAUGAUGCAUUUCUAGGAGAGGAAGCCAAAACUUUUGAACAAUUGACUCCUGAGGAGAGUAGCAGGAGAUUAGGUUUAAUUGUAGAUAAAAUAGACAAGGAUAAGGAUGGGUUUGUUACACAAGAAGAAUUGAAGGAUUGGAUAAAACACACACAGCAGCGUUAUAUUCGGGAUGAUGUUGAAAGACAAUGGAGGUCGCAUAAUCCAGAUGAUAAAGAGAAGAUUAGUUGGGACGAGUACCGCCGCAUGAUAUAUGGCUUUCUUGAUGAUAAAGAUUCUGAAACCAUAGAUAAAAAAGAUGAGAAUUACUCUUAUGCUACUAUGCAGAAAAGAGAAAGGCGGCGCUGGUCUAUAGCUGACCAGGAUGGAGAUGAUGCUCUAACAAAAGAUGAGUUCUAUGGAUUUUUGCAUCCUGAAGAAGUAGAUCAUAUGAAAGAUGUUGUAGUUAUUGAAUCAAUAGAAGAUAUUGAUAAGGAUGGAGAUGGAAAAAUUUCUCUUACAGAAUAUAUUGGUGAUAUGUAUCAUGCUGAGGAAGGAUCAGAAGAGCCUGAAUGGGUGAAAAAUGAGCAAGAACAGUUUUUGUCUCAUCGUGACAAAAAUGGAGAUGGUUUCAUGGACAAUGCAGAAGUGAAACAUUGGAUUCUUCCUGAAGACUUUGAUCAUGCUGAAGCAGAAGCACGUCAUCUGAUCUAUGAAGCUGACUCUGAUGCGGACCAAAAAUUAACAAAAGAAGAAAUUUUAGAGAAAUAUGAUAUUUUUGUAGGAUCCCAAGCAACAGACUUUGGAGAAGCACUUACAAGACAUGAUGAAUUUUAAAAAUGUUUUUUUAUAGCAGAUGCAUUUAUUAAAGAUAUGAAAAAUUUAGAUAAUUACAAAUACAUUAUAAAAGAUGGAGCUCUCUAUUUUUAAAAUUUUAUUUUGAGAUUUUAAAUUAGUAUUUUGCAUGUGUCAUCUAAAGAUAGUGCAUUAAUUCAUUAUCAUAUAUAUAUUUAAAUAAUUCUAUGAUCUGUUAAUACCUUUUAAACUAGCAGUAUUUAAUGAAUACUGCUAUAUAAAACUCACAAAUUCUUAUUGAAAAUAUUUUCAAGUCCCAUAUUUAUACUUUACAAAUAAUAGGCCAAAUACUGUGCAA